GGAAGGUCCGGGCCUAGGCCUCGGCCAGGGAGGAGGGAACCGCCCAGAGCUGUGGCGCAGCAGGAAUUCACGCUUCGGCGCGGCCUGAGGGAAAGGGAGGCGGAGAGAAAGAAGGCCCGCGGGGAGGAGGGGCUGCCUCGGCUUAGUCCUGGCCGCUGUGAGUAGAAGGGGGGGCGGCGGCGGCAGCAGCAGGAGGACGACGACGACGACGACGAGGCCGGGAGGGUGAUGCCCGUGUUUAUUUUUACUCGGGCGCCUCAUCCUUUCUGGCUGCCUACUGUGAGGAGGGGCGGCGGCCCCCGUGGUCGCUCCCUGGCCCGGCCCCUGCGGCCUUCCUCGGGCUGCUGUUACCUCCACGGCAGCCUAUAAAGGGCCGAGGAUGCAGCUCUACAGUACCAUCGUCACUCAUUACCCGGCGGCGGCGACAGCGGCAGGAGGGAGCAGCGCAACAAACGGGCCCGGCGUCGUCUUCAAAGUCUCUCCGUCCCCGGAGCCCGCUGGACAAAGCCCGGUGGGAGUCGAGAGCGACACGGGAGGAGGAGGAGGAGGCAGCGGCGGGACUUCGAGUGCAGUAGGAGCGGGCACAACCGCAGCCAUGCCCGCCUUUUCUUGCCUGGAGCUGCUGUCUCCGGCCGGGCCGAGCCAGAGGAAGCAGGCGCACCAUCAGCAGCAGGCAUCGCCAUGUUACGGCUCCGGCGCGCAGAUGAUCCGCCGCAGGCCGUUGGAAAGGGUCGUGCCCAUCCGGCUGGUGCCGCGCCCGGAGACCGCCGUGGUGGCGGGGGAGCUAGGCCCUUCUUCGGCGCCGCACGCCGCCCACCAGUGGCUGCUGCUGGAGAACGGCGGGGGCGAUGCUGCCGCCGCCGCCGCCCAACCUAGCUUGCAGCAGGAGCCCAGCAACCGCGGCCUCCGCUUUAGCGAGCAUUGCCAGGCCUUGCAGGCGGCGGCUGCUGCAGCCAGCAGCUACCCGGGCGUCUCUGUUGAGCCUCAGCCCGCCGCUGGCGGCUUGAACUACUCCGGUUGCCGCCAGGAGGCCGAGUUGGAGGCACCCGAGGAAGAGAGUCCCUGCCAGGUCCGCCCGACGGAGCGCAGCGAGAAGCUGGCGUUGUAUCUGGCCGAGGUGGAAAAGCAGGACAAGUACUUGCGGCACAAGGGCCUCUUCCGCUUCCAUAUCAUUCCCGACGGCAACUGCUUGUACCGGGCCGUCUGCAAGGCCGUCAACGGAGACCAGCGACUGCACGGCGAGCUCCGCGAGCAGACGGUGCACUAUAUCGCCGACCACCUGGACCACUUCAGCCCCAUCAUCGAGGGCGACGUGGGCGAGUUCCUCAUCAACGCUGCCCAGGACGGCGCCUGGGCCGGCUAUCCAGAGCUGCUGGCCAUGGGACAAAUGCUCAACGUCAACAUCCACCUCACCACCGGAGGCAGGCCCGAGAGCCCCACCGUCUCCACCAUGGCCCACUUCCUGGGCCCCGAGGACCCAAGCCGGCGCAGCAUCUGGUUGAGCUGGCUUAGCAAUGGGCAUUAUGAUGCCGUGCUGGAUCGCCAGUGCCCCAAUCCGGAGUAUGAGGAAUGGUGCCGGCAGACUCAGGUGCAACGCAGGCGGGACGAGGAGCUGGCCAAAUCCAUGGCUGUAUCAUUGUCGAAGAUGUACAUUGAGCAGAACGCCUGCUCCUGAGGUGGGCGCUGCCUCUGUUGCCCGCUGUCAUGGUGCCUUAACUGUUCUCUACUGCUCCAUCCAGUAGUUGCGCCCUUGGCUGAGCAAGAACUCAAGGGGAACACAGAGACUGAGAUGUGUAAUGAGCAAUUGUAUAUACCAUGAGAUCCUGGUUAUUUACUAUUUUAUCCUUUUCUAUAUGUUUGUUCUAUUUCCAAUACACUCUUUUCUAUAAGUUUUUUUUUCUUGUGCACAAUUUAAAAAAACACGUAUCUUUGUCUCUUACCACCAAAAUAAGCUAGUAAGAGGUUUACCGGGGUUUUGUGCUAAUAUGGCUUGUGACCUAAUAGUUAUUAUAUGUUGGCAUUGGAAACAUACAGACCAACAUUCUAUCAAUUAAAAUAUGCUGGCCCACUGAUUUUUUUUCUUUAUUAGAUGAAAGCAAGCAUCAGAUGCUUUUAAAAAAAAUAAUUUUAAAGUAUGCAGUUAACUUUGAAGUGGCAACCUUUAAGAUGAAUUGCCCAUUCUACUGAGCAGGAUUUCUUCAUACAGUGGAGCAUGGCGUUUUCAAGAAUGGUACAGAGAGUAAUUGUGACUCUUCUGUCUUCAGUUUUUGUAUAGAGCAAGCCUGGCUUUUAAUUUUAUUACCUGGUUGGUGCCAUCCCUUUCUUUUUGGUAUUCAUCUACAAAAAACAAAUUGGUUUAGCCUGCUAAAGACAUGAUGAAAUUGCUCCUUAAGAAUGGCCUUGAUUUGUGGUCUUGUUCUUUUUAUGGAUGCACAUGCUGCCUGCUUGCCUUUUGACAGUGCACCAGCAGGUUUAUUUUAUCACAUUUUAGUCUUUAGAUGUUUUCUAACAGUUAAUAAUGGGCUUACUCUGGUAUUAUGUAAAAAUGUAUUUAUACUAAGUUUGUAUGGUUUGCUGGGUCAAACAUUCAAGAUUUUCAUGGUAAAAGCUACUCUCUUUAAUUUCCAAUUAAACUGAAAUGGCUAGAUAUAUUUAUUAAGUAAUGGAGUUUGUACUUUUUUAUUUUGUGACUUCUGAAUUUAUACUGUAUUUGUAUAAUAGGAAUAUUCUUAGCUAUUCUGGAAUAAAUGUAUAGUUUUGCUUGGAA